AUGGUGCGUCAGCUGCACGACGGUAUGAUGGCGCGAGUCACGGACAACGGAGCUGUCUCAGAGGCAUUCGCAGUGACCAACGGAGUGAAACAGGGCUGCGUGCUGACGCCUACCCUCUUCAGUCUCAUGUUCUCUGCCAUGCUGAUGGACGCCUACCGCGACGAACGCCCUGGAAUCCGCAUCGCCUAUAGAACGGACGGUCAUCUCCUGAAUCACCGGCGCAUGAACUUCCAAUCGCGUGUAUCCACAGCCACCGUGCACGAACUCCUCUUCGCCGACGACUGCGCCCUAAACACCACCUCGGAAGAGGAGAUGCAACGGAGCGUGGACCUAUUCUCCGCCGCCUGCGAGAACUUUGGGCUGGUUAUGAACACGCAGAAGACGGUGGUGAUGCAUCAGCCGCCUCCAAACUCAGCCACAGCCCCCAACGCGCCGCAAAUCAACGUGAAUGGGACUCAACUGCAAGUGGUAGAGAACUUCCCGUACCUGGGCAGCACGCUCUCCCGCAACACCAAGAUCGACGACGAAGUCGCCAACAGGAUCUCGAAAGCCAGUCAAGCCUUCGGACGUCUCCAAAGCACAGUUUGGAAUCGUCAUGGUCUCCAACUGAGCACAAAGCUGAAGAUGUACAAGGCCGUCAUCCUGCCGACGCUACUGUACGGAGCGGAGACCUGGACGGUGUACACGAGACAGGCACGUCGACUAAACCACUUUCACCUCAGCUGUCUCCGCCGCAUCCUGAGGCUGAACUGGCAGGACCGCAUCCCCGACACCGAAGUGCUGGAACGGACGGGAAUUCUGAGCAUUUCCUCCAUUUUGAGACAAAUACAGCUGCGCUGGAGCGGCCACCUGGUGCGCAUGGACGACGAGCGACUACCCAAACGACUCUUCUACGGAGACGUCGCGACGGGUUCUCGUCGUCAAGGAGGCCAAAUUCGCCGUUACAAGGAUACUCUGAAGUCCUCCCUGAAGCGCCUGCAAAUAAACCCGACCAACUGGGAAGAGCUCGCCCGCGAUCGUCCGACAUGGAGGAGAACAGUGAAGACGGGCGCUGCUAUCUAUGAAGCCAACCGCAUCGCCGCCGCCAAAGCGAAACGCGAAGCCCGCAAAUCACAACUUCGCCCAAUACGCAACGCCGCCGCACAACCGCUCCCUACGUGUCCUCGAUGUCAACGGACAUUCCGGGCACGAAUCGGACUUGUUGGACAUCUUCGAACCAACUGCACCUCUCGAACUGCUCCAGCCAUCGUCCUCCAGCCCGCCUCUUCCUCGCCCUCUCUGCCGCCAACUACCUCUGACACUCCUUCUGCACCACCACUUCCAUCCUCCUCCUUCUCCUCCACUGCCCCAGCGGAGGCCGUUCAGGCUGCCGUCUCACACAUCGCCAACCACGACACAACAACCACAACCACCCCCACCCCUCCCAAUUCCAGUGAUGAGGAUCAGGACUACACCUGCCCUCACUGCGACCGCACCUUCACCUCUCGCAUCGGCCUGGUCGGUCACUUGCGAAUCCAUCGCACAGAGACUGGCGAACCAGUGCCUGGAGCACCAACCUACACCCACCGCACUCGCCUCCACUGCCCACACUGCCCUCGCACCUUCACGCAUCGCAUGGGUCUAUUCGGCCACAUGCGCAUCCACAACGACCUGCGGUAG